GAGUACCACCAUGAUGUAGAGUGCUGCAGUUCACCGAACUGCCUGUGAAGACCCCUUAUGUAGGUACUUAUACAUAUAUUUUCCCACUGAACAGUCACUUCUCCUUUGAUCACUGAACGUACGGAAAUGUCAAAUAAAUAAAAGAUUGAUCAAAACAAACAAAAUAAAAAGUCGAAAGAAAUGUUCACAAGUUUUAUAAAUAGACCAUCUAUUGGUAGGCAAAAAAAGAGCGGUAUAACGACCAAAUUUCUUCGAGAGUAUUUCAAAGUUUUCACGAAAAUUCGGAAAAAUUCACAAUUCAACGCAAUCCACACGAAAUCAUUAGGUAAAUUCCAUAAAAUGACAAAUAAUACAAAUAAACCCCUUGAAAGCGAAGAGGAAGCCCUGACCUACAAAAACGAAGGCAAUGCGGCUUUCAAAGCUGAAAAGUGGGAGGAGGCUGUGAAAAGUUAUACGAAAGCCAUUACAGCUGGUGAGAAACACAAGGAAUUGCCCAUUUUCUACAAAAAUCGCGCUGCUGCUUACCUAAAACUUGACAAAUACAAGGAAGCUUUAGCCGAUUGCACGGAAUCCUUGCGUAUUUCACCAAAGGACCCCAAGGCACUGUUUCGUCGAGCACAGGCUUUCGAGGCUCUACAAAAAUAUGAAGAGGCAUACAAAGAUGCCACCGAUUUGUUUAAAGAGGACCCUAAUAACAAAUCAGUACAACCCAUGCUUAAACGUCUACAUCAGAUUGUACAGGAACGGGUUACCCAAAACGCAAAGACAUCAACGAAGGUCAAUCAAAUGAUGGAACUUACUUUUGAUGUCGGAGCUCCAGUGGAUAAGCGGCGUUCAGGAGCUAAUAAUCUAUUAGUGCUUGCGAAGGAAGAAGUUGGGGCGGAUAUGCUCUUCAAAGCCGGAUGCAUUACAAAAAUAGCAUCUAUAACCAAAAUAGAAAACGAUCCAGAAAUUUAUUGCAAUUUGAUACGGGUAGUUGGUGAGUUAUGCAGUGCCUCCGUGGAGCGAACUAAGUCAGUUUUGCGAGAAUUGGGUGUACCAUGGUUCCUCCAUGUGUUGGAUCAUAAGCACGAAGAACGGGUUACGGCUGCCCAGUAUUGUUUGCAAACUAUAAUAAACUGUUUGUCGGGAAUGGAAAACAAGCCCGAAAGUAAACCAAAAAGAGAACUAUGCCAGCAGAAUCAAAAGGAAAUCGACACACUUUUAACCUGUCUUGUUUACACAAUAACAGAUCGGACAAUAUCAGGUUCGGCACGUGAUGCCAUUAUCGAGUUAUUAACGCGCAAUGUUCAUUAUACGGCACUUGAGUGGGCAGAAAGAUUGGUAGAAAUACGUGGGUUGCAUCGUUUGUUGGAGGUGUGUUCUGAAUUGGAGGAAUAUAAAUACGAAAGUGCAAUGGAAAUAACACCAUCCUCGCGCACCAUAGCAUCAGUGUGCAUGGCGCGAAUCUACGAGAACAUGUAUUACGAUGAAGCCAAAAAGCGGUAUGCCGAUCAGAUCGAUGAAUACAUAAAGGAUAAACUUUUGGAUCCUGACAUGGAAUCUAAAGUUCGCGUAACAGUGGCCAUAACUUCUUUGUUAGCCGGACCCUUAGAUGUAGGUAAUCAGAUUGUGGCUCGGGAAGGAAUUUUGCAAAUGAUAUUGGCAAUGGCCACCACCGAAGAUGAGUUGCAGCAACGCGUCGCUUGUGAAUGCAUAGUAGCUGCUGCGUCUAAAAAGGACAAAGCUAAGGCAUUGUGCGCUCAGGGUGUUGACAUACUGAAAAACCUUUACAAAUGCAAGAAUGAUAAUAUACGCGUUCGUGCUUUGGUCGGACUUUGCAAGCUUGGAAGCUACGGUGGACAGGAUGCUACAAUCCGACCAUUUGCUGAUGGAGCCACUAGCAAAUUGGCCGAGGCAUGUCGUCGCUUCCUGAUCAAACCCGGUAAGGACCGGGAUAUACGUCGAUGGGCAGCGGACGGUCUGGCCUAUCUUACCCUGGACGCUGAGGUUAAAGAAAAACUGAUCGAGGAUAAGCCUGCGAUCCACGCACUCAUAGAUUUGGCUCGUUCCGGCGACCAGUCGUGUCUCUAUGGUGUGGUAACGACAUUUGUAAACCUCGUCAAUGCAUACGAAAAACAAGAGAUGUUGCCGGAAAUGGUAGAGCUGGCGAAGUUCGCCAAGCAUCAUAUACCGGAGGAGCACGAGUUAGACGACGUCGAUUUCGUUAAUAAACGUAUUACAGUUCUUGCCAAUGAAGGCAUCACAAGUGCACUCUGUGCACUCGCUAAAACUGAGAGUCACAACUCACAGGAGCUGAUAGCGCGUGUACUAAAUGCCGUAUGCAGUUUACAGGAGUUGCGCGGCAAAGUAGUGCAAGACGGUGGUGUUAAAGCGUUGCUGCGGAUGGCUUUGGAUGGGACCGAAAAGGGCAAACGGCAUGCGUCACAGGCUUUAGCGCGCAUCGGUAUUACGAUCAAUCCUGAAGUAGCUUUUGCCGGACAACGAAGCUUGGACGUUAUACGACCUUUGUUAAAUUUGCUGGCGCAAGAUUGUACUGCAUUGGAGAAUUUCGAAGCGCUUAUGGCCCUUACCAACUUAGCGGCGAUGAAUGAGAGCGUGCGUCAACGUAUCGUCAAGGAGCAAGGUGUUUCGAAAAUUGAGGUUUACCUAAUGGAAGAUCACUUGUACUUGAUACGUGCGGCAGCGCAAUGCCUCUGCAAUCUGGUGAUGUCCGAUGAUGUGGUCAAGAUGUUCGAAAAGCCCAACGAUCGCGUAAAGUUCUUAAUGUAA